UCCAGCACGCGCUGCGCGCUUCAGGUCCAUCAGCAGCUCCGCGCGUACAGACACACACUGACAGAAGGGCACGCAGAGCCACACACGCACAUACAGCAUAGACACUUACACAGACACGCACACACACACAGACGUGCCCGAUGGCCGGAGCGCAGCCGGGAGUUCACGCGCUCCAGCUCAGACGCGCAACCGUGCCCGAGCGCCUCAGCACCGGGGAGAAGUUCAUGAAGUGGGAUGAUGACUGCACCUCAGGGACUCCGGUGACGCUGUAUGUGGAUCCACAGGGAUAUUACCUGUACUGGACUGACCAGAAUAAGGAGACCGACCUGUUGGACAUCUCGCUCAUCAAGGACACCAGGACUGGGAGGUUCGCCAAGACGCCAAGGGAUGUGCGUCUGCGUGAGCAGCUGGAUGUGGGGGCUCUGCAGGGUCAGAUGGAGGAUCGGCUGCUGACGGUGGUCUGUGGAUCAGACAUGGUCAACAUCAGCUUCCUCAACUUCUGCGCCUUCCAUGAGGACGUGGCCAAGGAGUGGGCUAAAGAGCUCUUCACCCUGGCCUCAAACCUGCUGGCCCAGAACCUGUCCAGAGAGUCCAGUCUGGAGAAAGUGUACUCCAGACUGACCCUGCAGCUGACCACCUGGGGCUCCAUUCCUGUGAAGAACAUCUUCCCCCUGCUGCCCGCUGACAGACGGAGAGUGGAGAGCGCUCUGGAGGUCUGCAGCCUGCCCACCGGACGGAAUGACAGCAUUCCUCUGGAUACCUUCACACAAGACGUGUACCGCCAGCUGCUGAACAACAUCUGUCCACGCAACGACAUCGAUACCAUCUUCUCAGACAUAGGCGCUAAAAGCCGUCCGUACCUCACCGUGGAGCAGAUGACGGAUUUCCUGAACAACAAACAGAGAGAUUCUCGCCUGAAUGAGAUCCUGUACCCGCACCUCAAAGCUGAGCAAGUGCAGGCAUUGGUGGAGAAAUACGAGCCUGACAGCAUGCUAUCUAGCAGAGGGCAGAUCUCGGUGGAGGGAUUCGCCAGAUAUCUGAGUGGAGAGGAGAACUGCAUCAUCCCUCCAGAGAAACUGGACCUGAGUGAAGACAUCACACAGCCGCUCUCACACUACUUCAUCAACUCUUCACACAACACCUACCUCAUAGCCGGUCAGCUGGCAGGAACCUCCUCAGUGGAGAUCUACCGGCAGGUUCUGCUGUCCGGCUGCCGCUGUGUGGAGCUCGACGUCUGGAAGGGGAAAGCACCGGACGAGGAGCCAAUCAUCACACACGGCUUCACCAUGACAACCGAGAUCAGCUUCAAGCAGGCGAAGAUGGCGGAGUACUGCCGGAAAAUAUUUGGAGACGCACUGCUGAUAGACCCACUGGAGAAAUACCCUUGCUCCUCUGUGUCUCAGAUCAUCUCCGGUCAGUUUCUGUCUGAGAAGAGAGUCGGUGUGUAUGUGGAGGUGGAGAUGAUCGGCCUGCCGGUGGACACCAGAUGGAAAGCCUUCCGGACCAAGUCGUCUCAAGGCAACGCCAUCAAUCCAGUGUGGGAUGAAGAGCCAAUGAUCUUCAAAAGGGUGGUUCUGCCCACGCUGGCAUCACUGCGGAUCACCGCUUACGAAGACAACGGCAGGUGCAUCGGCCACCGCAUCAUCCCAGUGUGUGCCAUCAGGCCCGGGUAUCGCUACAUCAGUCUGAGGAAUGAGAGGAACCAGACGCUGACGCUGCCGUCCAUCUUCAUCUACUCUGAAGUGAAGGAUUACGUGCCGGACACAUACGCCGAUGUGAUCGAGGCGCUCUCCAACCCGAUCCAUUAUGUCAAUCUGAUGGAGCAGCGUUCUCAUCAGCUGGCGGUUCUCACUCAGGAGGAGGGGGAGAUGGAAACCGAUGGAGAUCAGGUGAAUGGAGGUGUAGAAUCAGUGUCAGAGGUCAAGACAUCAGAGAACGGCCUGAACCACAACAGCCUCUCGCCCAGAUCAUCAGUGCAGAUCCAUCAGACUCCAUCCUCAGGACCAGUCAAACCCACCGCUAAGUCCGAGUCUGUUACGCAGAGUGCUUUAGCAGAGGUGCAGGCUCAGUCUGUAGAGGAGCUGAAGCAGAAGAAGGCGUUCACGCGGCAGCAGAAGAAGCAGUAUAAGGAGCUGAAGGACCUGAUGAAGAAACACCACAAGCAGACCAGCGAGCUGAUCAGCGAACACGCCGCCAGGCAGAAGCAGCUGCACUCCGAGUUCCUGCGCCAGCGCGUCGCCCUGCAGAAGACUCGGAGUGUGUUGUCUCAGGACGCAGCGCUGCAGCAGCAGGAGUCCUCCAGGCUCAGUGAACUGAAGGAGCAGCAGCAGCAGAUGCUCCUCAAGCUGCGGCAGGAGCAGUACUACAAAGAGAAAUACUGCAAACAAGAACACGCCAAACAGCUGGUGGAGAAGCUGGUGUCCGUGGCGGAGCACUGUCAGAGUAACCAGCUGAAGAAGCUGAAGGAGCUGAGUGAGAAAGAAAGCAAAGACUUGAAGAAGAAGAUGGACAAACAGCGUCAGGAGAAACUGAAUGAGGCUCGAGCACAGGGCAAAACACUGACGGAGGAGACUAAGAUGGAGAUGGAUAAAGCACAUGUGAAUGAGGUGGUGCAGGCCGUCCAUCGGCUGCAAGGCGCUCAGAAUACACGGCUGGAGAGUUUGCAGAAAAAACACGAAGAGAUUAAGCAGCAGAUCCUGGAGGAGAAGGUGAAGCUUCAGACUCAGCUGGACCAGGAGUACCAGGACAAGUUCAGGCGGCUCCCGCUGGAGAUCCAGGAGUUUGUGCAGGAGUCUGAAUCCGGAGUCCAGUCGAGGAGAGACUCUGCAGCGGUGGAGAAGCAGAUCUCGGUGUGUGCAGAUGCGGAGGAGCGAGCGGUGUUCGACACCUUGCUCUGAACACAGUUUACACCGCUAAUGUGCACCUUUAGUACGACAACUGGAGGACUUACUUGAACAAAUAUAAUCUUCCUUCCUUCCUUCUAAAACUCUUGGUUUUCACAAGAACUGCUGCUUACGUGGGUUUAAAGUUGCAUAUGUAUCUUGAGGCAGACACACAUGUGUUUAGAGGCUCCUCCUAAUGGUUUUUAAGGUAACUUUAAUAUGAAUAUUAUGUGGACUACUUAGGUCA